GGGAGCCAGCAUUGGUGCCCGCAGCCCAGGCGCCCCGCGGUGGCCCCAGCCUCGCCCCGCGCCCCCGCGCAGCCCGCCUGCCGUCCGUCCGGAGCCCUCCCGGCCGCCGCGCUGCACGCCUGGAGCGCACCCACUGUCCUCGCGGGGACAGGGGGCCCCGCCACCGUCAUGCUGCCCGCCAUCUACACGGCCCUGGCGGGGCUGCUGCUCCUGCCGCUGCUGGUGAACCUCUGCUGCCCCUACUUGUUCCAGGACAUGCGUUACUUCCUGCGGCUGGCCCGCGUGGCCCGGCAGGUGCGCAGCUACCGGCAGAGGCGGCCGGUGCGCACCAUCCUGCACCUCUUUCUGCAGAAAGCGCGCAAGAGCCCGCACAAGCCCUUCCUGCUUUUCCGCGACGAGACGCUCACCUACUCGCAGGUGGACCGGCGCAGCAACCAGGUGGCGCGGGCGCUGCGGGCCCACCUCGGCCUGCGCCAGGGAGACUGCGUGGCGAUCUUCAUGGGCAACGAGCCAGCCUACGUGUGGCUGUGGCUGGGGCUGGUCAAACUGGGCUGUGCCAUGGCGUGCCUCAACUACAACAUCCGCGCGAAGUCCCUGUUGCACUGCUUCCAGUGCUGCGGCGCGAAGGUGCUUCUGGCCUCGUCAGAACUACAAGAUGCUAUUGAAGAGGUGCUGCCAAGCCUGAAAAAAGAUAAUGUGUCCAUCUAUUAUGUGAGCAGAACUUCUAACACGGAUGGGGUCGACUCUUUACUAGACAAAGUAGAUGAAGUGUCAACAGAAGCUAUUCCAGAGUCAUGGAGGUCUGAAGUCACUUUUUCCACUCCUGCCUUAUACAUUUAUACUUCUGGAACCACAGGUCUCCCGAAAGCUGCGAUGAUCAAUCACCAACGCCUGUGGUAUGCAACUGGCUUUAUCAAUGCAGUUGGGGUUAAGGAAGACGAUGUCAUCUAUACCACCCUACCCUUGUACCACAGUGCUGCGCUGAUGAUUGGCGUCCACGGAUGUAUCCUGACUGGUGCUACUCUUGUUUUGCGGAACAAAUUUUCAGCCAGCCAGUUUUGGGAUGACUGCAGAAAAUAUAAUGUCACUGUCAUUCAGUAUAUUGGUGAACUUCUUCGGUAUUUAUGCAACUCACCCCAGAAACCAAAUGAUCGCGUCCAUAAAGUGAGACUAGCAAUAGGAAAUGGCUUGCGAGGAGAUGUGUGGAGGGAAUUCACCAGGAGAUUUGGGGACAUUUGCAUUUAUGAGUUCUACGCUGCCACUGAAGGCAAUAUUGCCUUUGUGAAUUAUACAAGAAAAAUCGGUGCUAUUGGGAGAGUAAACUACCUACAGAAAAAAGUCAUAUCUUACGAUCUGAUUAAAUAUGAUGUGGAGAAAGAUGAGCCUGUGCGAGAUGGAAAUGGAUAUUGCAUCAGAGUUCCCAAAGGUGAGGUUGGACUCCUCAUUUGCAGAAUCACACAACUUACGCCCUUUAGUGGUUAUGCUGGAGGAACUACUCAGACAGAGAAGAAAAAACUGAGAGACGUCUUUAAGAAAGGAGACCUCUAUUUCAACAGUGGCGAUCUCUUACUGAUUGACCAUGAAAAUUUCAUCUACUUUCAUGACCGAGUUGGAGAUACUUUCCGCUGGAAAGGGGAAAAUGUGGCCACCACUGAAGUCGCUGAUACAGUAGGACUAGUCAAUUUUGUCCAAGAAGUAACUGUUUAUGGAGUGUCUGUGCCAGAGCCACAGAUAAACACACAAUCACCAUGGGAGAGGUUUCGAAAGCUGGGGCCCAGGUGACGAAGGAUGGCUCCUUCCCCUCUCUGAUGACAGCUAAGUAGUUCAGGGAAGUGGACCUAGACUCCCGCUGGGUCUGCUGGAUCAGGUAGAAGACGUACUAAGACCUAAUUACCACUGUCCUCACAAGAAAACAGUAUAGUAAUUGUUCUAAACUCCUCUCCACUUACGUUGCUGCCUGACAGGGAGGAAAGAGCUGCUGGAUCUGCUGUCUCUGUGGAGACACGGCCUCUUUGGGAAUAAAGCUUAUCAACGGGAGGGCCCACAGCAGCUCACCCUUGCGCCUCCCGUCACCCUUCUGACCCACAGCUUUUCUGGAAUGCAGAGAGGCAGAGCUAUUAAGUAUCUUGAUUAAAUAAGUAAGUCUCAAAGGUGGUGUUUGUGCCCAAGCACAGCGGACCUGACACUGCACCCCGAGCCCAGUGGUUCAUGACAGCAGAGCAAGGACUUUUCACGGGAGUCCAAAAAACGAAAUUCCCUGAGCCACAAGUGGGACCUGGCUCCCAUUCAGGUGUUUUCAUGUAGGCCACUAAGAAGGAUGACCAUUACAAGCACUGUCUGACUCUGCCUAUUAUUUGCUGUGUGAACUUGAACAAAUCCCUUAAUGUCUUUAAGCCCCAGGUUUUUUCAUCUGAAAGUGGAGAUAACAUUUCCACUUCUUCGGAAGGCUGUGGUGAGGGUUAAAUGGGGUAGUCCAUAAAACACACUUAGUAUAGGGUCUGGCAUAUGAUAAAGAUUUAAUGGGGGCCCCUGGGCAGUGCAGUCCACUGGGCGUCCGACUCUUGGUUCCAGCUGAGGUUAUGAUCUCACGGUCUUGAGAUCGAGCCCCGCGUCAGGCUCCGAGCUCAAUGAGGAGUCUGCUGAGGUUUCUCUCUCCCUCUCCUUCUGCCCCUCCCCACUCUCUCUCUCUCUCUCUCUCUAAAGUGAAUAAAUAAAUCUUUAGAAAGAAGAUUUAAUCAGUGUAUAGCUCUUGUUGUUGUAUUCACCUUAGAAUAACUUCAACAUAUAUCUGAAAUAGAAAUUCCAACUAUCCAAAAGAAACCCAUGUUGUAAUGUUCUCAGUCCCCUCUUCUUUGAACUAGGAAAGCAUCAUAAACAGGACAACACAUCUAAUAUUUUCUCACUUUAUUUCUAGGUCAUGAGGGUCGAAUUGGCAUGGCCGCGAUCAAAAUGAAGGAAAACUAUGAAUUUGAUGGAAAGAAACUCUUUAACCAUGUUGCCGAUUACCUGCCCACUUAUGCAAGGCCCCGGUUUCUUAGAA